AUUCUCAAUUUCAUCGAUCCACAAAUUCUGUGAAGCAGAAAUUCCCAACUCGCUCUUUGUUCAUUUCUGAAAUUGGCCGCAGGCGGUGGACUCUUUCAUUAGGGAAGGGAAGAAGGUGCCUAAGCACGGCAGAUGCCGUACACUUGAUUUGCAAAGGAAAGGGAGAUCGUACCUUUUCGGACAUACGGUUCCCGCUUCCCUACUCCACCAUGUCGGGUCGAGGCGGAAGGGACAGGUUUAGGAAGGAUUACACUUCAAGAUAUGAAGAUAAUAAAGGGAAUGGGGUUACCGGGCGUGGCAACGGCAACAGCAACAACCCUCCUUCCAGGCACCUUUGGGUUGGGAAUCUAUCCCACAACAUUUUGGAGGAUGAACUUGCUCAUCAUUUCUUAAGGUUUGGACCACUGGAGAAUGUCGCGUUCCAGCCCGGCCGCAGCUAUGCUUUCCUUAACUUUAAAAGGGAUGAAGAUGCCAUUGAUGCCAUGAGAUCACUUCAAGGUUUUCCCCUCGCAGGCAACCCCCUUAGAAUCGAGUUUGCAAAGGCGGAUAAAUCAUCAACAGUAUCACGUGAUGAAGAUUACUCAUGGGAUGAACGAAGCUCAGCGUUAAGGGGGUCUCCUUUCUCUCAAAGAGAGUUUAGAGGACGCCAUGGUAGCCCUGAACCGCAUUAUUCUGACAAAUCCAAGCUGAGUGAUAAAAAUCCAGAGCCCAGUGAGGUUUUGUGGAUUGGGUUCCCAGCUCUGUUGAAGGUGGAUGAAUCAAUUUUACGAAAGGCUUUUUCUCCAUUUGGUGAGAUUGUGAAGAUUACAACAUUUCCAGGUCGUAGUUAUGCCUUUGUUCGCUUUAGGAGUCUGAUGUCAGCAUACAGAGCAAGAGAUACUCUGAAGGGAAAAUUAUUUGGGAAUCCCCGUGUACAUAUUUGUUUUGCCAAGAGUGAAGCAGGUUCAUCAAGCAGUGGGAGGAGCUCACUUAAUGCCCCUCGCUCCCCACUUUACAAGUCAAGUGGUCGUAAUGGCUCUUCUGAGCACCUAAGGCAGGAUAGGAGCUACAGUGGAGAUCAGAACAUUAGUUCUCCAAACUCUUUCCUGAAUUGGGAUUCUGGAGAUUCUGAUGCUUAUGAUUUUAACAAAAGGGGUUCUUCAUGGGCUGGUGGAGCUAACCCAUACGAGCACAGAAUUGGAGAGAAGGGGACUCCUCUAGGAGUAUAUCAAGAAAUCCAUGAACAUAUAAGUAGUCCAUCAAGAGAAAGACAUGUUCAUCUUGGUGAUUUUUCACAGAGAUAUCCUCAAAAGGGUGUGUUCUUUGAAGAUCCACUGGCCUUGUCAGAAGAUGUUCCCUAUCUACGUGAGGCUAAAAAGCUUAAGACUGGUUCUUCUCCUGAGAGCGAGCUUCCAGAGUAUCCUUUUUCCGAGUUAGAAAGACAGAAACAUGUUUUCCCAAGGUUCUCUGAUUUUCCGCAACAUGAGUCUUUCGAUAAAAACUUUGAUUCUGGAAAUUUCGCUUGUGGACAGACUUUUGAUCGCCCACCAAAUUCACCUAUGGCUAGAUUCGAUAGACAUGACUGGAAGCCUUAUGACAGUUUCCAAAUGGGUCCUGGUGAUCCUCUGAAAUCAAAUUUUGUUGAGAAGAAAAGAUUCACACCUGAACCUGAUAAUUCAUCUGUAACUGAGUGGAAAUGGGAAGGAACCAUUGCAAAAGGUGGAACCCCUGUUUGUCGUGCACGCUGCUUCCCUGUGGGGAAAGUCCUAGAUAUCUUGUUACCUGAAUUCCUGGAUUGUACUGCAAGAACUGGUCUAGAUAUGCUUUCGAAGCAUUACUACCAAGCAGUUGGCGUUUGGGUUGUUUUCUUUGUUCCUGGAAGUGAUGCAGACAUUGAAUUCUACAAUGAAUUUAUGCAUUAUCUGGAGGAAAAGCAGCGGGCUGCGGUUGCCAAGUUGGAUGACAAAACCACCUUAUUUCUUGUACCUCCAUCAGAUUUCUCAGAGAAAGUGCUGAAGGUACCUGGUAAAUUGAGCAUAUCUGGUGUUAUUCUGAGGUUGGAGAAUCCUGGUUUAAAUCAUGGUCCCAUACACAUUCAAAGAGAAAUGAAAAACGAAAACCUGUUGCCUUAUAGUGAGAAUAUAUCGUAUUCAAAGCCAUCAUAUUCAUCUGUACGUAUACCUACUUCCCCAUCUAUUUCAGAAAUGGGUAAUUCUGGAAUCAGCAAUCUUUCGUUACUGCGAAAUAAAUAUGCAGCAGCUCCAUCAGUUUCGGAUUCAGCUCGUACUGUGGUUAGCAUGUCUGAGUCUCAUGAUGAAAGAAGUCGUGACUAUCCUCCUAUCCAGCAGCGGACAUCUGGACCAAACUGGUCUUCUCACAAUCUGCAGAACUUAAUCUCUAAUAGAGCUUUACCGUUGCAACUAUCAAGUAGUGCUGUUGAACCUAUUGCUGAGGAGCGUCAGUCCAUCAUUCCAAGGACAGUGUCAGAUGUGAACUCAAUCCUACAUUCGAGUGGAAUGUCUGGUAUUCCAUUUUGUGGCAACAGCAAGUCAUCUCAUCCGGAAGUAAGACCUUUAAAUCCUUUAUCAGUGCCUGUGGGAGCGUUGCAACCAGAACAGCUUGCACAAUUAGCUGCAUCCCUUCUUGAGCAGCAGAGGCAAUCGGGAAGCUCUUUAAGUGCAUCUGCAUCAGGUGAUCCCAGGCAGAUUAACAGAUUUAAUGGGUCGGACACCUCAUCCAGACCAUCCCAGAAAUACAAUAUAGAAAACAACCUGGUGAAUUCUGAACUCUCAACAUCUCAGUUUGGUCAAGUUCUACAGUUGCAGAAGCAACAACAGAUGUCAAAUGUGCCUCAACUGUCACAGAUUGUUCAAAGAGAACCACAAAGAGAGGUUAAUGGAAAUCAGCAAUUGACAGAUAGUAGCUUGCAGGAAGAUGCAGAAGCAGAUCCACAGAAACGUCUACAGGCAACAUUACAGCUGGCUGCUGUUCUUCUUCAACAAAUCCAGCAAGGAAAAGGAAGUUGAACAGUGCCUGGAUAUCUGCUGUUGCUUUCCUGGUUUAAUGACUUAGCAUAAAGUACUAAAACGAGGACUACUGGUUGUCAGUAGGAUGGUUAAAUUCUCCAUUUGUGCAGUGGUUUUUAGGCCAUGUGAUUUGUAGUAGUGUUCUUGUUUUUACAAUCAGCUUUUAACUUGCCCUUUGUAAGGCUCUUUCAGAAAGUUAUUGUUAUAGUUCCAAACCUGGCUCCAUGUUUCGUCUGUUACCAAUCCUACACGUCAAGUAAGAUGUUGAAUGGUAAGUAUUUAAU